GCUAGCUCAUAAAAUGGAAGGAAAUUCAAAAAUGUCUGACCGAUAAUUUUGAACUAUUUUGUUACUAAAUAGUUACAUCAGCCAUGGAUUUUGAAAAAGUAGACAAAGAAAAUGUGUCUUCAGAUAUCAGUUCAUGUUCUGGAUCGAUAUUGUCAGAAUCUGCAAAGGCACCUACUAUCCAGGACUUCACUAUUUUAAAGCCUAUCAGUCGAGGAGCUUUCGGGAAAGUGUUCCUUGGCCACAAAGAGGGAAGGAGUAACAAGUUAUAUGCAAUCAAAGUCAUGCGGAAGGCAGAUAUGGUGAAUAAGAAUAUGACUCAUCAAGUGAUAGCAGAGAGGGAUGCCUUGGCUCUGACCAAAAGUCCUUUUGUAGUACAUCUCUAUUACUGUCUUCAGUCCAAACAGAAUGUUUAUCUAGUCAUGGAGUAUAUGAUAGGUGGCGAUGUAAAGUCUUUAUUAGCCAUAUAUGGAUAUUUUGAGCUUGAGAUGGCGGUGCUAUAUACAGCUGAGGUGAUCCUGGCGCUAGAAUACCUUCAUAAACACGGAAUAAUACACAGAGACUUGAAGCCUGACAAUAUGUUGAUAUCGGACAAAGGUCAUAUAAAACUGACAGACUUUGGACUAUCCCAAACCAAUCUACAAUCCCAACUAGGAGUUAGUGACGUUCAGAAUACGCCUACUGCAGCUAAGGCCAAGUCUGAUUACUUCCGUACUCCAGGACAAAUCCUCUCUCUCACCAGCUCACUGGCUUUUAGUAUUGCUGCAUCAAAGAAACGUCCACCAAUUCGUCAUAGCCCACGUACCCCCAGGUCUCACAUGGAUGGUAUUAAGCGACAUACUCCUAAGACAGUAGGCUUUGAGACACCCCCACCGAUCAACAACCUCACCCCCACGCUACAGGACUCACUCAACUACUCUAGCGGAGGAUCGUUUAUUGGUAACUGCUCAUACAAACCUACCCAGAAUGCAACAGGAGAAUCGAGUGAGUUAAGCUCCAUCUAUCGGAAAGUUGGCAUCUCCAAGGCGUCAAUCUAUGAUUCCUCACCCAGCAUGGAGCAGAGCAGUCGAGUUAGUGAGAGACGUAAAGAUUCCCUCGUAACUCUAUUUAACUCUAAAUUGAACUCACGGUCUCCAUCGAUACCAUGGAGUGAUGAUGUCAUUAAAUUUCGGCAAGAUGCAAGGACACAUAUGGAAACUGUCGAGGAGGGGGAGGGUCAUAUUGCAAAUGAUGAAGAUGACACUCCACAUUUAUUCCGCAGCAAAAACGCAAUAUCACAAUCUUUCGCUGCGAAGAAUUUGAAGAGCCUACGAGAGGGUUUUGUCCCUGAUGAUUGCUCAUAUGAUGAAGUUGACAAAGCGCAUUUUCGGGAACCUUUAAAAUCUAUAGAGAAUCAACUUCCAUUCUCAGGCAAAUCAAUGAAAUCAAACAAUGCAGUUCUUCAGAAUAGUUUAGGGGUUAGAAAGCGAUCAUUUGAUUGUGUCGAUAAAAGUCCAUUAUCAAAAGGAUUAUUACGUCAAUUGCAAUCUAAAACUGGCAUGACAUCUGAAUUUGCAUCAUUGGGUGUUUAUGGAGAUGAACAUCGACUGAAACGUUCAAACUCUCUCAAGUCAGUGACAGAGCAUGAUAUGCGACGGUUAUCCACAUCAACGCAGAUUUCGACAGUCCUAGGACGUAAUCAUACAUUUGGUGAUUUUAGCGAGUUGUCAUCGGUUGAGAACCCUAGAAUGGACAGUCAUAUUUCAGGUGCUGGGUAUCUGCCCGAUUUCUCAAAUAUCGAGUCAUUUGAUUAUUCAGCUAGCCCUGUGUUCUUCUCACAUAGGAAGUCCCCGUCAAUGGAGUUGAAUUCUGGGAGUUUAAGCGAAUUGAAGAGCUCCGAUGAAUUGAGAAUUGAAGUAUCGCCAGUGACUCAUAUAUCAGAAACAAAGUUAUCUAGUCCAGGAUCAGCAAGUUUAGAUUCACCAAAAGAUGGCACUGAAGAGCCAGUUCUUGAUGUUUCGCAUCUGUCUCCCAUAGCAACAACUGACCCAAGCAUCAGUAGCCCCAUCUAUCAUUCGAAAUCAAAUGUCUCAUUUCAUAUUGAGAGUGAUUCUGAUACGAGCGAAGAUGAGCUGAAUUUAAGUGAUAUUGUUCCAUUUGCGUCAUACACAAACAUUGACCGGAGAAGCAACCUUGGAGAUACCUCUAAUGACGAUCAUUCUAAAUCACAUGAGGAACAUUCAGUUGAAAAAUCAGAAUGUUCUAAAGUAUCGAUAUCAAUCGAUUAUGCCACGCCUCAAAAAGUUAACCAAUCAGAUGUGAUGAUGUGCAGUCCUGAUUUAUCGCAAAACAAAUCACGCUCACUUUCCCUACCAACAAACAAUGGCUCGCAUUUAUACAUACCUCGUAACAGUUCAAACCCUAGCAAUAUAGAACCCCAGUCUACAGCCCUAUCCCGUGGCUUAUUCAGUAGUAGCACAAACACUAACAAUGAGAAGAAUCCAGGAUUGGUUGAUGGAAGUGUGAUAUCAGAUACGCCAUUGCAGUCUAUGAAUACAUCACUGAACACAACAGGAUCUGAUGUUGAACACAGUAUGCAGGAGCUCUCUAUUGAAGAAAAGAGUGAUCCACUCAAAACUCCAGGACAGCUUAAAUCUCCCCUUGAUAGUCCACCUGGAGUUCGCACCCACCCAUUGGUAAAACCCCUUAUUAAAAACACCCGCUUUAAAAGCGUCACGUCAGAUUCAAGCUUUGGCAGUGAGGGGCUUGGGUGUGGUCUUUGUAGGACACCCUUGCCUAGAGGCUUACCGGGACUAGGCAUCAUGACACCAGCUGCCAGGACUCCUGCUGGGUUAAAUGCCGCCAACACCCCAUUUAGAACGCCAAAAAGUGUACGUCGUGGUCCUGCUCCUGAGAAAGAAGAUGACAAGAGGAUUCUGGGUACUCCAGAUUAUUUGGCUCCGGAGCUACUGCUACAAAAAGACCAUGGUCCUGAAGUAGAUUGGUGGUCUCUUGGCGUGUGUUUGUACGAGUUCCUCACUGGAAUACCCCCAUUUAAUGACCAGACCCCUGAGCUGGUUUUCCAGAACAUUCUCAAUAGGGG